CGGGGCUGGCAGUUUAUUUUUGAAUUCUGUUUAACGGUCUCCAGGCGGGAACUGGAUCUCGAGACGCGGAGCAGCAGCGGUAACAGGAGCCGGAUCUCGAGACGCGGAGCGGCCAGCAGGAGCCGGCCGUGCGCCGCCGGUCAGGCCAUGGCCGGUGUGGUCAUCUUGCUGAUCAGUGGCCUGGGCCGGGCCCUGGACCUGCUCUGCUUGUUGCUGGACCUCAAUUUCUGGCUGGUCUCCUCCGUGCUGGCUGCGGCCUCGGGCCUCCUGCACUUGGUGCUCUGCCUCCCCGGGGCCGUGGCCUCCUGCUUCGCCCUGUGCUAUAACCUGCUGGGGCUGCUGGCUCUGGGGGCGGCGGAACUAGGCCAUUGCGCCUUGCAGCUCACCCUCAGCUUGGCCUGCACUUUGCUGAAGGUGCUGCUCAACCUGGCAGAGAGUUUGAAGGUGGUGGGGCACCUGCUGUCUUACCUGAGCUUGCGAGGGCGAGAGAUGCUGCAAAAGGGCCUUGCCAACACCUUCUGCUCCGGCCAGCUCUUUCUCAAGCAAAUCUGGGAUGCUGUGGGGAUCUUGGCCAGCCUGGCUGCCUACUUUGUCAACACUGUCAUCAAUUUGUUCCUUAUCGGAACCCAGAACCUGUUUUCAGUUGCCACAUUGCUGUGGAGCCCUUUAGUAGGAGCUUCAGAAGUCUUUGCUUCAAUUCUCGCCUAUUUGUCCAGCAGUGUCCUUGGCAACGUGAUCCUGCUGUGGACUCCAUGCCAGUUUGUGAUCGAAGUCCUGAUCUCCCUCACCAGAGUACUGACCGACGUUUUUCUCCUGAAUCUAUAUGGGUUGGCAGUCACUUUUGUUGUCAUCUCUGGUACAACGAUCUAUGCAAAUCCAGAGAUAGUAUUGAGGGUUGCUAAUCAGGUGACUCUACAUUUGAGCACCCCUCCAAAUCUUCACUGGGUCAGGAGGAAUGUCACGCAUGUUUGUAGAAUAGUAAUGGCCAGUAUGCAGCUGAUGGUCAACUCAGAGACGUGGCGGCGAAUAUACAGUCAACAACUGCACCCAGGUUAUGUCAAUAACUGGCCUCUUGACCAAAGGCGGCGGCACAGGGCUGAUCCUAAUGAGAACUUAGAGGGCCAAACAGCUGUGGACCAACAAAUGGCUAUGCAGUUGGAACAGCAAGCAGAUCCCAACCCAGUCCAACGAGAUGGUAACCCUGGAAGCGAACAGGAGCUGACCUUGGCUGAGACCUCUGUAUGUGGACCAAAAGCCAGUGAUGGACCUUUGCAUUCGAUAGCAAAGCCAGCAGGCAGCAAAAACGAUAAUAGUAAUGUCUCUGUGGAAAGCAACCUCUGGAUGCUCUUGAAGGAGCAAGAAGAACGAAAAAAGUGUGUCAUCUGUCAGGACCAGGCAAAAUCUGUGUUGCUGCUCCCAUGCCGACACUUGUGUCUCUGUCAAGGCUGCACAAAUAUCCUCUUGCAGCAGCCCAUCUACCAACGCAACUGUCCACUUUGCCGAGAGAUGAUCUUACAAACGUUGGAUGUGUAUUUCUGAUUGACUGUUUGAAUAAGCUUUGACGGAAAGGGUGUGCUGUGCAUAGUGAUUUUUUUUUUAAUAAGUUAAAGUCUUUCACUGGACCAAUCAUUGAAGUGCUAAGUGAGCCUAUUUUCAAGUUGCUAUGCAAAUCCUUAGCCAUGGACUUCAUAAUUCAGAUGUAAUUUAUUUUUUCUGUUCAACCAUAACCUAUGCAAGCACUGUGCUGUAUAGGAAUAUUACCUUAAGAAUGUCUGUACGUAUUACUGGGAAUUAGGAGCCUCAAUUCCAGCACUUUAUUAGAUAAGCUGGCCAAGUUGGAACUAAAACCACACUGAUCGAUUUUCUCAUGUCCAAUUACAUGCUUCGACUUCUGCCACUUUAUUCACUGGUUUCAGAGUUGACAGUGGGAAACUGAAACUACUUUCUGUUGAUUUGGUGACCAACACUGCCUGGUAGACAGAUAUGUGUUUUUUUUUAAAUUUAAUAAAAGAGUUUGGGAGUUUAAAAAAAAUGAUCAGCUUUGAGAGGCUGAUGCAACAGAUUCAUUGAAUGUUUAACUUCUAUUUUUACUACGAUGAGCUGUGCAGGGUCAGGGAUCAAUGAAUUGUCUGCACAGUGCACCCUAUGUAUAAAUGUCCUUGUUCUAAAAAAAAGAGUUUUGUAAAUUAUUUUGAGAUGGAUGACUCCUGAAUAAUCUAUGGCAUAAUUCAGGGAUUUGCUACAAAACUUUGCUUCCCUGAAUGCUGUUCUACCACCCAAUGUACCGCAUACAUUGUGAGCAGUGAGGUAGGGCAGUGCUGGAAGCUUGAGGCUUAAUGAUGGAAUAGUUUCUUUGGCAAAGCAGCUGAAAUAGUGCAUCCAAUUAGGAAGUGAGACACACAUGAGAAAUCUGUUUACAUUUUUGAGUUUUUAUUUUUAAGUUACAAGUUUUCUCUUUAAAUAAUCACAGCAAUUCUUAACCAAAUCUGCAUUACAGGUUACAUGGUAUCAAGGGAGAAUUUCUCUUUUUAGUAACGAUGCUACUCACUGAAGAAUAGUAGCACCGUUCAAUGGCUGUGCCUCCAGACAUUUGCCUUAGGCACUGCAUCUGGUUUAAUCACCAGAUCCAUUUGAUUAGGGAAUACAGGUUGUUUUGGGAAGUGUAGCUUUGAGGACCAUUUCCGUGUCUACUGGAUUUGGAGCAAGGAAUGGGAUAGCUCUCAGUUCUUGAUACCUGGGUAUUUAAUACAUUAACUGAUAAAUGCAUUCUUUGAAUGAAACUCAGCUACUUUCCUCAUGCCAAAUGUUUAUCACUACAAAAUCUGGCUGCAUAAUGCAAGCUUUCUGCUGUACAGAUGUGAACUUACUGAGAUGUUGAUUGAUGUAAACCCGCCUUCCAGCAGAACAACUACAGUAGCAACAAAGUUUUUAUGGUAACACAGCCUGAAAUAAAUGGUGUAUCUUUUAAAGUUAUUGCAGUAAGACCCUAUAAUCACAAGACUUUUUCCUUACUUGUCUUGGUAUCUGCAACAAUUGAUGGUAUUCCAAGAGUAUCAUAGUCAACAGUGAUAAAAUAAUUUGGAGGUGUGUAAGUGGAGAUUGUGGUUGCUGUUCUUUUAUAUGGGAAAUUGCUUUCCUUGUGCUUGGCACCUUUCUGUAAUGGAAGUUCCUGAUGUGGGGAAUUGUAACUGUGAGCCUACUGUACUGACUACAGUGUAUGAGGUUGCACACCUCUGAUUUUGGAGUUUUCAGGACAGUGAUUAGUGAGUAGAGGAAUCAGUUACAUAACAUUGUGUCUAACAUGAUUUGAAUUUAUUCAGACCCAUAGGCCUAGAUUUUGAACCAAACCCCAGAUAAGCACAAAGUGUUAAAAUUGAGAGCUGCUGUGUUCCUGGUCACCAUAAUAUCAAUGACAUUAGUUGAGGCUCCUGCUGAAAGCAGAUGGGAGCUUAUUCAAGAUUCAAAAGUCAUAGCCUGAUGAUUUCACCUGUGCUGGAACGUAAUUUUAAAAGCCUAUGAAGCAGGAGUCCUGCACUGUCUAUUAACUAACAUCAAAAAUGGCCAAAGGAGCUGACUGACCACAUGAAGUCCAUUAAGUUUAAGCAUACUUUUUUUUUGAGCUCCUUUUGUGCCAAGAGAAGCAGGAGUGAUCCCCUCAGAUCGUGCAAGGAGUUCUUGGGCCUCCUUAGCAUCCCACUGAUCUUUAGGGAAUCUUGACAAUCGGAAUCUUCCUGAUUGCUGAAUGCAAGGAAACUUCAGCCUACCCAUUUCACUAAGAUGUGGGAGAAUCCCCUCCACCCACUGUUUGGUAUUAUCCCAGGAGUUCCUGCCUGCAGCCAAAUUUCUCCUCCCACCCGCCGGCCACAUGGCGAAUCUGAUCAGGAGUCCAACACGUUUUAUUUAAAUGAGCACAGCUUCUGCAACCUCAAUUUGUUAGGGUGUGUUGUCCCCUACAUGAAAUCAAGGCUGUAGUAUUAAACCCAUAGUCCAUAAAUGUUUACAGAUUAUUAAAAUUGGUUUUAGGAACAGAUGGAGACUCAAUUAUUGAUACUAAGAUGUUUUCUCGUACCAUUCCAGAUGAGCAAAAAUUUAUAAAGCAUUGGUGUCCACUGUUACCCGACUACUAAACAUUUUUUGACCCAUGUGUGGGACCUGAAUACAACUUUUUUUCUCCCCACAACAUUAUCCACUGGGUUGUUAAGGGAACCAGGGGGAAAGACUAAGGCUGCACAAAGGUUUACAGACCAAAGGUUUCUGGUAAUUGGUUGUGGGUUUUACAAUUAGCCUCAAUGCUAAACACAGAAAAAUUAGCUAAAACUUCCAGUGAUUCCUGAUGUAAAAUGUAUUUAUGUGGACAUCAGAUGAAAAAAGGAUUGGGGUAAGCUGUAAUGUUUUGCCAUAUAUCCCCUUGCCACAGUUGAAUAGCCCAAGUGCCCAAGUCUUUAAUCUUUGUGGACUGAAUACCGUUGUAUAAAAUGGGCAGUAUAUUUACCAAGAGAAUCAUUAGGGAUGGGUUAAACAUUUAAUUUGAUGUGUAAGUUAAAGGGCAGCUCACUAUCUAUGGAGAAAGAGGAGGGAGCUGCCAGAGGUGUUCAUUGGGUCGAAGAUUUUCAAAGCAGCUUUAGGAGAGCCACAGCCAUCAUGACAUUAUUACUGUUAUCAAGAUUGACUAGCUGGUGAUGGCUGCAAAUACACACUUCAGAGUGAAUUGGGUGGCACUUGGCAUUGCUAAUACAUGGUGGUUAGUGUUGAAUGCAGUGCAUUCACUAAUGAUUGUGCAGGAAGGAUGUUUCAGGUUAUUUAUGAAUGACGUGUUACUGGUUUUUUUAAAGCCUACUUUAUCUUUUUUGUGUAAGUUCUAUUGGCGUUUGUUUUAUUUGACCUGUAAUAUUGACAGCUGUUGUAUUAAAUUCAGCUUCACUGCACUGUGCUACAUUUCAUUCAAUGAGCUGAAUGUGUAAUUAGUGUUAAAAAAUAAAUACAUUUAUG